AUGGGUAUUAACUACAUUAUUGUGGGUCUGGUGCUGUUGGCCGGUCACGUGUGCGAUGGGGAAUAUCUAGGGGGAUCCAUGAGAUACGUCUUGUCUGAGACUAACAAUUCAUUGAUGGCGCACGUUACAAUAUUGACCGGUUGGAGGCUUGGUACUGGGCCGUGUGGACACCAGUGUAGUAUUGGUCAAACCACCAGCUCCCAGGAACACCAGAUUACUGCAAGUCUCGGCCAGGACCAUUUCGGUAGGUGGAUUACAGAGGAGAAAGGACCAUACUUGUCACGUCAAAUGGAUAUCACUGAAUUUGUCAAUAACAACAUACAACAACGUGUUAUGGACAUCAAUAGAAUGGACAACUGGGAAAUUGAAUUAGGAACCUUCUCCAUUCCAGUGUGGGAACAUUCAACAGAAAUUGUAUAUUUCCAAAACAACAUGACUAAGCUAACCGUCCAAACAGCAAUCACUCGCUCAUACAUGGAAAUGAAGAUCAACCUGCCAGGAAAUCGAUCAGAUACUGGAAUGCCAAACAGAAGUCCGAUUACGGACAGCCGUCCAUUUAUGAGAUUAGCUCUGGGUCGCAAAUACCACCUGCGUGUACCCACAGUGGAUCCAGACCAGGACUUCGUGUCCUGUAGGCCACCCCGCUAUGUAGAGUUUCUGGAGCUCUUCGAAUCACCGGCUCCCAAUGUUACCAUAAACAAGGACUGUACAAUUGAUGUUUACGCUGAUCCAUCACACUAUAAGAUUGGAGACACGGCACUUGUCGGCAUAGUGGUGGAAGAUUUCCCCAGAAAACAAGUACAUAUCGGUCAUGAUUUCAUCUACGUAGACGGAUAUUCACUGAGCCUGAGUCAGACACCUGUUCAGUUUUACUUUGAAGUCACCGGUAGUGACGAUAGUCCAGUGAUUCUGCCACCCACACCUCCAAACGGUCAGUUGUUUACCGUAUACCAAGGUACCAAACUUACCAUAGAAGUGUUCGCCAAACCCAGUGUCAAUAACAGAAUAAUAUCAAACUUUCGCUACGUGAGUAACGGCAUAGCUAGACACUUAACAUGGUCACAUAUACAAGAUCGUCCAGACAUCGGAGCGUUGGUGAAGAGUCAACAGAUCGUGUGGAUACCUAGCGCUGACAUGAUCGGUUCCCACAGCCUUUGUGUAAUAGCCCAGGACAGUGAUGAGGUGGAUUCUGUUUCCAACUAUUGCUUUGCUGUGGAAGUGAAGGGAUAUCCUACUUCAAAAGAAGAAUUAACGCCUCGACCGGGAGUCCCGUAUUUUGUCAAUUUUCCACAGCCUGGGCAACUUGAUUUCCCAGUAUACUCUCAAGGCUUCUUCCCUAUUUAUGCUGCUUCAGCAGCCAGUGGGAGCAGGUUACACAUCAAGCUGACGAAUACCAGUUCCAACAGUAUGAUGAUUACCUCCAUUGACAACGGUUCAAACAUGUCCAUAGUAACAGUACUGACGUAUAGUGCUAAGAGCGGUAAUCAAGAUGUGUGUUUCCAAAUUGAGGAUGUGUCAUCACCUUUGGAGCGCUGCACCAACGUCCAUUUCAUUACAGCUGAUCCUUGUGAACGAAUUCCAUGUAAAAAUAGUGGAAUAUGUGUCCGCAGGAACACAGAGGACAAAUUCACCUGUCACUGUGAAAGAGGGUACACGGGUGCUACAUGUGAAAUAGGUCCCGAUCCGUGUGCAUCACAACCAUGUAAAAAUGGAGGGACAUGUCUCCUACCUUUUCGGUCAUAUUACAAAUGCAUUUGUCCAUUAGGGAAAACGGGAUAUCAUUGUGAUAAUGAAAUCAUCAACUGCCGGAGAGAAUCCUGUAAGUACGGUGUUUGUGAAGACAACCUGGGAAGCGGUACAUGUCAUUGUGCCAAAGGAUUCACGGGAACGCAGUGUACUGAACCUGACAGCUCCACUGCACUCUGUCCCGGCUUACAACAAAACGCAACAGAUUGUAUUAAACAAUGUAACUGGUGUUACGAACCUCAUGGAAUCUGUAGACCCAGUAGAGUAGCCGACCAAUACGACGAGUGCACGUGUUCACUUGGAUAUGAAAAGCCUGGGACACACUGCUUUCAAGGUAAUAACAUAUUCGUUAAAACCUGGUUUCAUGAUCCGAAGUUUGUUCCGCCCACCCCUGGACCGCUGAGUACCAUCAGCUGUGAACUUGAUCAGUAUACACGAGAAAAAUGUUCAUUUCCUGUAUAUGCUGCAAGUUAUAAAAUAAGCAGUAUUGUUCCUGCUGUUGAAAGUCUCUUCCCCAUAAACGGACUGCAAGUAACAGCAUCGUCCCCAAUUGCCACUAGCAUUCAAGACGUGUAUAUGUACAAUAUCACAGUACAGCAGUCUAAGGAAAACAACGGCAAGAGGAAUAAAUAUGAUCUUUGUCUCAAAGUAGCACCUUAUGGCAAUAUAACGGCCAGGACAUGUGUCAAUGUCAUUUUUACCAAUAAAGGUGAGAAUUCUUUCGUGGAACCAACUUUGCCAAACGACUCAAACUUUACAUGUACAGCUGGAAGGUCCUGUCACAUGUUUCUGUACACAGAAACAAAUUCUGACCAAUGUGAGAGAAUCAUUGUUGGAGCAGAUGCUUCAGUAGAAAUAUUUUCACCAGAACUCCGAAACGGUGCUUGUGUAACAGAUGUCGCAAUAAAGCUAUCUUCCGUCCCAUACCAACGUCUGUGUCUACGAGCUGGACUCGGUGGAGAGUCGAGAUGUUAUGGAGUGAUAUUAGACUCUGGCAAAGACACGUGUACGGACACCAGUUGUAAGAAUGAUGGAGUAUGUGUUUCACAGGCAGGAAAGCACUUCUGUAUCUGUCCACCAAACUAUUCCGGUAACUCCUGCGAGUUGUAUGAGGGCCCUUGUCUAUCCAGUAUCUGUCAAGAGCGCGGUUUGUGCUACCAAAACAUCACCUCUAUAAAUUGUUUGUGCCAAAUAGGAUAUUCGGGAGACAAAUGUCAAUAUGAUAUUCUCUUAACUGGUAUACACACCAUUUUUGUUUGCAAUUCUUGUUUUGCGUUUAGUAAAAGUAUUCCACGUGAAGGUCUCAUUUGUGCCUUCUUUUCUCCCGGAGCAUUCCCAAUUCAUGUUACGUGCUUUAUGCAUAGUAAAUGUUUCAUGAACACCUUUAUAACAUCUACAGGCUCUUCAAACUUCAGUGUUUCUCCGGGAUACACCGACGUCAUCCAUGACGAAAUUAGUGCAUAUCUCACGACGGACGUCUUGACUAGGAAUCAAGGGGAAGUAAGCAUCGGAGUACUGAUGAUACAGCCUACUACAGAAGGUCGUGGACGAACUUGUUUACAGAUACGAGAUUCGAUGAGUGGAUCCAUUGACGAAAUGUGCUUCAUCAUCGACAUCCUAAACGGAGAGACGACGUCAAUAAACAAGAUCUUCCCAUAUUUUGAAACACCUACUCCACAAAAUAAUACAAUCUUCGAAUGCUUUACUGGAUCUGCAUGUCACAUAAUGAUCUGGACUCACAAAGCUGAUGGUGAAGUGGAAUGCCCAAAUGUGCAAAUAGGUAACAGAAAAGCUGAUACCAUUGGCACCAUCGUUAUCCAGAAUACGACUUCCACGUGCGUAAUUGAUGUAACAUUGAAAACGCAGGAUUUGAGUGAAUCCACUGACAUAUGCCUAACGCUUAGGCCUAAGAGUGAAGAACGCGAAAUCUACGAGAGGGGAAUAGGCGACAGAAGAUGUUACAGUAUAAAACUGGGUGUUAAUAAUACAGCUACAAGUCCCUGUUCCAACUUUUUGUGUUAUAACGGUGGCUACUGUGAUUCACAACAAGGCGUUCCUGACUGUUUGUGUCGCCAAGGCUUUUCCGGACAACAGUGCCAACUAGUUCACCCUGGAGUUCACAUGAAUACUGCCGCUAACAGACGUGUGAAUUUUGCCGACGACGCAUUUCCAAGCAACAUAGUAUGCCAGUUGGAAGAAAAGUGCUCGUUUAUUGUCAACCUUUGGAGCCCUAGCCAGCAGACCCCAAAUGUUUGGUUUGACCACAUAGACGAUUCCAUCAUAGCGGAGCAGCCCAACAGAAACCACACAAUCGAGACAUCGCCAGGAAUAUACGCUAUGACCAUCACAGUGAACGGAACACGAGUUGGCACGUUUGAAACCAUUCUUCAGACAUCAGAUAACACCGGGUUAGUGUCCGACGAACUUUGGUUUCGGUAUGACAUAAGAACAGGAUCCUCAGAGACUUUAAUGGAAAAUCAGCCACAUUUUACAAAACCGUCAUUUCCCGCGGAAUCGGCCAUCAUAUGUUCCAAUGAACGAAUGUGUCAUAUAAUCUUACUGUCGGAGUCGGCAGCUUUUGAACAAUGUCCACACGUGGAGUUACUGGGCGAACCUAGGGACAGCAUAUAUAUUUUCCAGGAAGAGAAGAGAACGGUGACUGAAUAUGGUAGUUGUGUGGCUGAUGUAGCUCUACUGGCGUCUAACAAGCAACUCGCUAUCGAGCGUUUCUGUUUCCGUCUCUCACUCCCCACUGUACCGGGUGAGACGAGGUGCUACAGAGUCCAGUACGGAUCAGCUGUCUUAUGA